AUGACUUGCCGUGGGAAGUGUCAGCGAGUGAAAACCGUUACUACGUCAGCUUCGAAGCGAAAGGUUGCCAAAUGGUCAAAAGUUUGUUCAAGGAUUACGUUACGGAAGCAUUAUUACAGGUGGAGGGGUCUACGAGCCCAUAGACCCCGUCUGGACUUUAUAGACCCCGAGCCGAAGGCGAGGGGUCUAUACAGACCAAAGGGAUCAAUGAGCACGCAGACCCACGAAACUACAGGCGGUAUCAAAAAGAAACCUCGUUACAAGUAUAUUUGGGACGCCAAGCAAGAAAAGGAAACCAAACUGGACGGCAGGCCUGUAUGUAACAAAAUUGGUGAUUGGUCCAUGUUUGGAGCUGGGGUGGCGACCAAGGAGAAGCGGGAGACGUGGAGGCAGAUUGCCAACGCCAUCAAUGCUUCCUCCACAAUCAGCCGGUCGGUAGAAAAAGUUGAAAUGAAAUGGCACAAUCUCCAAAUGAAGGGGAAUUCAGCUGUCAGACCACAGGUAAUUGAUGACAGAUCAUCAGAUCUGGACAUUCCGCAGACCUCCGCCAUUGGCUCCUGUGUAACUAGCACAACUGCAGCCUUGCCACCUCUUUAUUCAUCCAUCUGUAGUGGUACCACAUAUCCAGAUGAAAAAGCCAUGAGGCAGGAGAAGCUGGCGCUGGAAAGUUGCAAAACAAACUUCUUAAGUUAA